AUGGGGGAAGUGCUGAGGACCUACUGCCUGCUCCAGGCUUCCUCUCUGGUUCUCUUGCCAGUGUCUUUCCCUGACCUGCUUUUUCUGCCGGCAAACUUUCAGGAUAAAGGAGGGGACAUCAGAGAUCUCUGGGGUGAGCAUGAGUGUGCCCUGAAGGACCUGAAGGGGCCCUGUAGAGAGUCCCACCUCAGUGCAGACAUGGUGGAAAAGCUGGGUGAGCAUGAGUGUACCCCAAAGGACAUAAAGGACAUCACUGGAGACAUGGUGGGAAAGCUGGUGAACCACCUGGUGCCAUCCCUGCGGGGUGGAGACCGCUUCUUUGCCCCUGCCUUCCUGGAUGCAUACAGAAGUUUCACUACCACAAAGCAUGUGGUGGAUCUCCUGUUGAAACGGUAUGCAGACUUCUGCCCGGAUUGCAAAGAGGAUGAACAAGUAAAGAGCAUCCUCUGUUCUUUCCUGGACACAUGGAUAGACAAAUACCCUGAGGAGUUUUGUCAGACCUCAGACCUGUCCAUUCUGAGAAAGCUGAAGGCCUACUUGAGUGUGAACAUGCCCUACUCUGAUCUUAAUUUCCGUGUUCAUAAUCUUCUCAUGGAAUUGCAGCAAGAGUCCAAUGAGUCAGAGAGAGAGGAUGAAGAAGACUCAGAUCUGGGGAGCCACAUAUCUGGAGACUCAAAGAUUGACUUGUGGGUUUCGUCAGUGAAACUGCAGCUGACUUCAGAUUAUGCACCAGUGACAGAGAGCCCCAAAUCCACCAGAAUUUUCUGCUACUGGAACCAGAUGUGA